AUGCCUGGAAAGCCAAGCGACUGGGACAAUGCCGAUUUCCUCUUGGAUCUCGUCGUCGGCCUCUACACCGGUGCUCAGACCAACAAGGGCUUGACUCCUGCCAUCAAGGAAUCCAUCGAGGAGUACCUCAAGACUCGUGGAUACACCACUUCCUUUGACGCUGUUCGCAUCAUGGCCAAACGUCAAGUGAUGAUUUGGGACGCCAACGUCCAUGAGGAUAUCCUCAUCAGCCUUUUUCAGCACAUCAAGCCCAGCUCCGAUGACUGGAGCAACGUAAUGAGUGAUCUCCAGGGGAAGGGAUACUCAUUCACCGAGAGUGCUCUUCGCGCAUACUUUUGUUUUCUUUUACUUGCUUCGCCUGUUCAAUUCAUCAUGCCACCCAAGGCUACCCGUGGAUGGGAUGCUGCCUCUCACGAGGAUCUCCUUCUUGCGCUCUUGGAAGAGAUGAAGCCCAACAAGGCCAUCCUCACCAGUGUGGCCGACAAGAUGCGCACCAAGGGCUACACUUACUCCUUUGACGCGAUCAAUCAGCACGUUCAGAAGCUUCGAAAGAACCGCGACACAGCUGCGAUCCAGAACGCUGGUUCUGACACCGCCACUCCUCGCAAGGCUCGAGCUACUGCUCCCAAGACUCCCAAGCGAGCCCCCAAGCGAAAGGCUCCCGCCAAGUCUGCUUCCAUCGCCGAUGACGAUGAAGACCUUGAGGACAUGAAAAUGCAGCUCAAGAUGGAAGACGCCGACGUCGAUGAUGAUAACCUCCUGUCUCCCAAGGGUGCCAAGCGAGCCCGAAAUGUCACUCCCAAGGCUGAGCCUGAUGCCGACGAUGAGGGUGACAGCGGCGAGGCCUAA